UCGCAGUCGUUGAGUUGUUGCUUGCGUGUUUAGUUCGUGUUCUGUGCGUUCCGUCGGGAAUUUAGUUUUUCACUUUUCUCUGCGUUUCUUAUUUUCCUCGUUGCCCGCCCCACCAGAGAAAAUCGCGGCUUGCGCACUUUGUUUACUACGAGAGUUACGAGGGUAAACACACGACACAGUUCUGGUGAAUUUGUUGCAAAGAUCGUCAGUGAAAAAAUUGUUGCAAAGGAAACGAGACGAAACCGAAGAAGUUGCCUGAAAAAAUCUGAAGUUGUGCGGCUGAUUGUGGUGUCCGUUGCGCGCGGGUUAGUCGCUGGGAGAUUCCUGGAAUUUUUGCAAGAAUUUGUGGUCCCCGUGCAGGCGGAAAAGUGCAAGAGUUUUAUGUUGUUUGUGCGCCGCGGGUCCGAGCAACAUCUGUGAGCCGAGUGGCAGCCGAUCCGGGGCAGCAGCCGCAACAAUUGGAUUACGCCUUUACCUGCGCUCGCGGGCGGCGAGAAAUUCGGCAUUCUGGAUUUGGGGUACUACGAAGCGGUCAGAGGAUCACAGUAUGAACCUGGUGGUUAUUCUAGUCAGAUACAACAUCGCUCCAACAUGACCCAACGUGAUGGUAUAAUAAAGUUCGAAAAUGAACGAAUUAAAACACUACAGGAGGAACGACUUCAUAUACAAAAGAAGACCUUCACAAAAUGGAUGAAUUCAUUCCUAGUGAAGGCUAAAAUGGAAGUCGAUGACCUCUUCGUGGAUUUGGCAGACGGCAAAAAGUUAUUAAAACUCCUGGAAAUUAUAUCGGGCGAGAAGCUUGGAAAACCAAAUAAAGGGCUCAUGCGAGUGCAUAAAAUAGAAAAUGUUAACAAAAGUUUAGCAUUCUUGCAUACUAAGGUUCGUUUAGAAUCUAUAGGAGCUGAAGAUAUUGUUGAUGGUAAUCCUCGACUAAUAUUAGGUCUUAUUUGGACUAUAAUUCUUCGAUUUCAAAUUCAAGAAAUCGAAAUCGACGUGGACGAAGAAAACGAAUCGUCCGAAAAACGUUCUGCCAAAGAUGCUUUACUGUUGUGGUGUCAAAGGAAAACACAAGGGUACCAAGGAGUUAACAUUCAAGAUUUUACAACAUCAUGGCGAUCUGGUCUUGGAUUCAACGCGCUCAUUCAUUCACAUCGACCCGAUCUGUUUGACUAUUCAUCGUUACCGCAUGGAAAGAAUAUUGAUAAUUUAAAUCAUGCAUUCGAUGUGGCAAAUAAUGAUCUUGGUAUACCAAGACUAUUGGACGCUGAAGAUGUGGAUACAGCUCGGCCAGAUGAAAAAUCUAUUCUUACAUACGUUGCGUCUUACUACCACACAUUCGCCCGGAUGAAAAAUGAACAGAAAAGCGGGAAACGUAUUGCAAAUAUUGUCGGCCAACUUAUGGAUGCGGACAAGAAAAAAGCUCAUUACGAAAGAUUAACCACAGAUCUUCUCAGUUGGAUCCGGGAAAAGACAAUUGAAUUGGAAAAGAGGAAUUUCCCUAACUCUUUAGAAGGAAUACAAAAGGAACUGCUUGCGUUUAAAGAAUAUCGAACAAUCGAGAAACCACCAAAGUAUAAAGAAAGAAGCGAAAUUGAAGCACUUUAUUUCACAAUCAACACGUUACUUAAAUCCUUAAAUCAGCCCCAAUUCACACCACAAGAAGGUAAAUUGGUAAACGAUAUCGAAAAGGCUUGGCAAGGUUUAGAAAACGCAGAACACAACCGAGAAGUAGCUCUCCGUGAAGAGUUGCUUCGUCAAGAAAAGCUUGAACAACUCAACUACAAAUUUGAAAAGAAAUCCGUACUUCGUGAAGGUUACUUAAAAGAAAUGAUCCAAGUUCUGUCAGAUCCACGAUAUUUGCGCCAAGUGGACGCAACAGUUAAGAAGCACGAAGCCAUUUCAGCCGAUAUUUUGGCUCGAGUGGAAAGAUUCAACGACUUAACGGCUAUGGCUAAUGAAUUAGAAAGGGAAAAUUACCACGGGAAAGAACGCGUCAAACGACGCGAAGAAGAAGUAUUGGAAAAAUGGCGAAAAUUACUUGAACUUUUGGAGAAUCACAAGAAUAACUUAUCCCUAAUGAGCGCUAUGAUGAACUUACUACGAGAAAUCGACACAACAUUGGAAACCAUCAAAGACUUACAAAUGCAAUUUGCUUCAGAGGAUUGCGGACCACAUUUGCUUGGCGUUGAAGAAUUACUUCAAGCGCAUUCACUGCAAGAACUGCAAGUGAAUGCAAUUGGUGAAACUCAAAAACGAUUCAUUAGGCAAGGUCAAUCGUUUAAGGCGAGCGAACAAAAGGAUUCUCCCAUACUUAUGGAGAAACUGGACGAACUAGAUAAAGCUUAUGGACUGCUGCAAGAACUCUGCGCAAAGAGACGUGCGCGCCUUGAAGAAGCUCGACACUUCUACCACUUCAUGGAAGACUAUGAUAAUGAAGAGAGUUGGCUAAUUGAUAAGCAGAGAAUAUGUAAAACAGGCAUUUCUGCAAAGGAUCUUCGGGCUGUCUUAUCACUUCAACAAAAACACAAAGCAUUGGAAGAUGAAAUUAACGUGAGAAAACCUAAAUGUGCGCAAAUGACAGAAGCUGGACGUCGUCUUAUCGCUGAGAAGCACCCACGUGCAUUGGAGGUGAAAUCUCGCAUUGAAUCACUUGAAGAUCAUUGGAAGGCACUGGAGGACUUGGUCGAGUUACGAAAACGACAACUUGAGGAUGCUGCUGAAGCGUAUCAAUUUUAUACAGAUGCAAAUGAAGCGGAAUCGUGGCUCAAUGAAAAGAUGGCUUUGGUUGCAUCAAAUGACUAUGGUGCGGAUGAACCAUCUGCUCAAGCUCUUUUGCAGCGCCACCGUGACUUACAAGGAGAAUUGAAUGCGUAUUCUGGUGAUAUUCUCAAUUUGAAUCAACAGGCAGAAAAAUUGAUAAAGGCCGGCAUUUGCACUCUAGAGCUUUCCGCCGAACCAGAACAGAUGCCAGAAACAGAACAAGAAGAAUGGGUGAAUGAGACCCGUUUGGUUCCGAAAGAAGUCUGGGAAGAAGAGCCCGUAGAGAGAUUAGAGCACAGAAAGGUGACCGAAACGAAGUACCUUCCUCACGUGAAGGCUAUGUACCCAUUCGAAGGCCAAGGCAUGAAAAUGGAAAAAGGAGAGAUCAUGCUAUUGAAGGGCAAAACAAACGACGAUUGGUGGUGUGUCCGUAAAGAAAGCGGAGUGGAAGGCUUCGUUCCAGCUAACUAUGUCCGAGAGAUCGAACCAAGGCCUGUUACGUGUCUUGUUCCAAAAACUGAAAAAGUAAAAACCAUGCAAAAAGUCAAGAAAACAAUUCUUGUCCGUCAAGUUGUGCCAGUGAAACGAAUAAAACCAACAAAGGCGAGCCAAGUUCGCCCGUUAGUCAAACGAAAAACAUCAACAACAGAUAUAAAUGACAACGCAGAUAGUGUUGAAAAGCGUCAGAAACGAAUUAAUAUCACAUACGAUCAGCUCCAAGAUAUGGCGCAAAAACGGCACGUCUUAUUAGAGGAUUCCAUUUGCCUGUUUGGAUUCUACCGUGAAUGUGACGACUUUGAGAAGUGGAUGAAGGAUAAAGAGAAGCUCAUCAAAGCUGAUGAGGUUGAUUCAGUGGACAGUGCAAAGAGAAAGUUUGAAAAAUUCCUGACCGAUUUAUCAGCAGCUUCGAAGCGUAUUGAAGCUAUCGACUCCGCUGUUGAUAGCUUCACUCGCCAGGGCCACUCUCAAUUAGAUAAAAUCAAAGCGAGACAAAGACAAAUUCAUCAAAUGUGGGACAAGCUUAACAAUGCCAAAGCCCAAAAGGAAAAGAGCCUGGAAGGUGCAUCAAGUGUUGAAUUGUUCAACCGCACCUGCGAUGAGGCUAAAGUAUGGAUGAACGAGAAGAUGUUGCAAUUGGACACAGCAGUUGUAACGCCUGAUUUGCGAACUGUGCAGGCUCUGCAGCGACGACAUCAAAAUUUAGAACGAGAAUUAGCUCCAGUCGAGGAUAAAGUUAAUCGUGUGAAAUAUCUUGGAAACUCUGUUAAAAACGCCUAUCCUUCUGAAAGGGCCAAUGUAAAUGCCCGUCAGAAAGAAGUUGAUGACAUGUGGAAACAGAUUCAAAGUAAAGCUGAAGAGCUCAGAGAAAGAAUUGAGAAUGCAGUAGGACAGCAAGUUUUCAAUAACAGUGCCAAAACCCUGUUGGCUUGGAUUGAUUCCGUUAAAGAUCAACUCAAUGCAGACGAAACAGCGCGUGAUGUAGAAACAGCGAACAAUCUUCAUAAAAAACAUGGAGAACUUGGCGAUGAAAUCAAAGCUCAUGAAAAAGAAUUCGAUGAGGUGAUCGCAUUAGGAAAGCAACUGACCGAAGGCAAUUCUGACCAAGUUGAAGUACAGAAAAUCAUCGAUCGCCUUGGGGCCGAAAAGGAUGCCAUCAGUCGUGGAUGGGCUGAAAAGAAUAAAUGGUUGCAACAGUGUGUUGAAUUGCAGAUUUUGAAUCGGGAAGCCGAUAAGAUUGAUGCAACCACAAAGGGUCACGAAGCAUUCUUGGAAUAUUCGAACCUUGGAAAUUCACUGGAUGAAGUAGAAGCUAUUAUUAAACGACAUGGUGACUUUGAAAACACCUUAAUGGCCCAGGACAAGAUCGUGAAAAACUUUGCCGAUAAUGCGGAUAAAUUAAUUGCAAAAGAUCAUUACGAUUCAAAAUACAUUGGUGAUAGGAAAAAUCAAGUGAUUGCUAAACGCAAGGCAGUAAAGGAUGCCGCCCUUGAGCGUAGGAAGUCGCUACAAGCUUCGAGAGAUUUCCAGAAAUUCGCAGCAGAAGCUAACGAUCUUAAUACUUGGUUGGAUGACAAAAUGAAAAUAGCUGGCGAUGAAAACUAUCGCGAUCUAUCAAAUCUACCACGAAAAUUGCAGAAGCAUAAGGCAUUCGAACGUGAAGUGCGGGCAAAUGAGGGCCAAUUGCGAAAUAUCAACAAAGAUGCUGAAGCAUUAAUUGCGGCCAAGAACCGUGUGCCAGAAGUUCAGAAGAUGGUCACCGACUUGAAUGAUAAAUUUAAGCAGUUAUUAAUGUUAUCAGAAGAUAAGGGCCGUAAAUUAGAACAAGCCACACUACAACGAGAACACAACCGGGCAAUCGAGGAUGCCAAAAAGAAAGUCAAUGAACUCGCCAUUGCUCUCAAGAGCCAAGACGUAGGAAAUGAUUUACGCAGCUGCAAGGACCUAAUAAACAAACAUCAAUUGCUUGAGUCUGAAAUUACCCUGUGGGAGCAAAAGAUAGAUGAACUCGUUUCUUCUGGCGAAGAAAUGGCCCAUGAAGGCCACUUCAAUGCUAAAAAUAUUAAGGACGAGACAAAAGAAAUACAAAAUCGAUUCAAACAAUUGCGCGAUCCCAUCAAAAAGCGUCGUGCAGACUUGGAAGAAAGUCUCAAUUAUCACAAAUUCGUCUUUGAAUUGGACACCGAGUUUCAAUGGAUCAAUGAACAUAUGCCUGCCGCCAAUUCUCAAGAAAUCGGAACAAACCUUCAUCAAGCUCAAAGCCUUCAUAAGAAACACAAAAAGUUGGAAGCUGAAAUUGUGGGUCAUCAACCAAUGAUCAAAAAAGCGUUAAAUUCCGGUCAAGCAUUGAUCGAUAUGAACCAUCCAGAAAAGAAGAGCGUUCGGGCCCUCUGUGACAAACUUGAAGACGCCUGGCAAGAAUUAGAAAAUAAAGUGGACGAGAGAGGUAAGAAGCUUGAUAUGUCCCUGCGAGCACAGCAAUACCUAUCAGAAGCUGGAGAAAUUGAGACAUGGCUUGGAGAACGCAAUAACGUUCUGCGUUCAACCAAUUACGGUCGCGACCGUGACUCGGCCACCAAAUUGCUCACAAAACACAAAGUCAUCGAGCUCGAAUUGGACACUUACUCGGGAAUUGUUUCGGAAAUGGGACAUAAUUGUGCAGCAAUGGUUUCUGCAAAACAUCCCGACAGUAAAAUUAUCUCGGCUAAACAGAAUUUAAUUGAAAAAAUGUUAAAAUCUUUGCAAAAAUUAGCAUCGCAACGUCAAUUGCUUUUGAUGGAGAGCCUGCAUAGACAUGAAUAUUUGCUUGAAGCUGAUGAGAUGGAACAGUGGAUCAGAGAACAAGAGCAAGCAGCAUCGUCUGAAGACUACGGUCAAGAUUAUGAGCAUUUGCAACUUCUCCAAACCAAAUUUGAUGAUUUGAAACAUCGCGUGGAAGUUGGAGGCGACCGUUUCAACCAAUGUGAAGCUAUGGCUAAGAAAAUCAUAAAUACAGAAAGUCCUUACACUGCUGAGAUUGAGAAGCGCCAGGAACAAUUACGAGAUUCUUGGGAAAAUCUAAUAACUUUACUAAAUCAACGUGAACAGAAACUUCACGCGGCCGGCGAAAUCCUCCGAUUCCACCGCGAUGCGGCUGAAGCAUUGUUCCGAAUUCAAGAUAAGAAUGCCCAACUUUCAUCCGAAUUAGGAAAGGAUCUGAACUCCGCCCUUGCGUUAUAUCGGAAACAUGAGGGCUUCGAAAACGACCUUGUGGCAUUAGAAGUACAACUCCAAGUCCUAGUCGAUGAUUCCGUUCGCCUACAGGCCAAAUACCCAACCAAUGCCAGUGCCAUAGCAAGUCAACAAGAGAUAGUUGUCACAGCUUGGAACGACCUUAAAGAACGAUCGACACUCCGAAGCGAUCAACUAACAGCCAGUAUUGAUUUGCAAUCAUUCCUCACAGAAGUGAGAGAUAUCAUGUCAUGGUCGCAAGGAGUUAGAGCUACACUGCAAGCAGAAGAGCACGUUAGCGAUGCAGCUGGUGCAACGGCUCUGAAAAUUCUACAUGAUGCGCUUUAUGGAGAAAUAGAAGCUAGGGAUGAAAAAUUCAGAGAAUUGAACGAACUGAGUGAUUCAAUGGUGCAGACUGGACAUUAUGCAGCUGCCGAAGUGGAGGAAAAGUGCUCUGCCAUGUUGGACGAACGACAAAAACUGCACAUGGCCUGGAAUAAAAAGAAGAUAAUGCUGGAGCAGAAAAUCGAUUUGUUCUGUUUCCUUCGAGAUGCCAAACAAAUCGAUACUCUGUCCAGUUCUCAACAAGCGACGCUGGCUAAUUCUGAUUUCGGCCAAACUGUGGAAGACGUGCAGAACUACAUAAAAAAACACGAUGAAUUUGAACGAUUGGUACAGACACAAGAAGACAAAGUUGCUCUUCUUCAGGACCACGCAAGAAAGCUGAUAGAGCAACAUCAUUAUGACAGUCCAAACAUUCAACGUCGUCUCCAUGAAGUUUUAGCUAAACGGCAGAAAGUUAAAGAUAUGUGUGCAAUCCGAAGACGCAAAUUAGAAGAUGCACUUUUGUAUGCCCAAUUCGCCAGAGAUUGUGCUGAGGCGCAACUGUGGAUCGUGGAAAAACAGAAGAAAUUGGAAGCAGACGCUGCCAACUAUUCAGAAGUAUCCAAUUUGGAUGAAAAGAUAAAGAAACUCCAGAAACACCAAGCAUUCCAAGCUGAAGUUGCGGCUAAUCGUGGAAGGAUCAAGGAAAUUCAAGACCUCGGUUAUGUCCUUAUCGCGAAGAAACAUGAAUCUUCCCCUGAAAUCAAGGAGAAUAUGGAGAAAGUAGUAAACGCUUGGAACCUACUUGAACAUGAACUCAAUCAACGUGGUCGAGGACUAGAAGAAGCGCAAGAUAUUCUUGAGUUCAAUAAUCAAUUAGACAAGAUUGAAGCUUGGAUUCGAGACAAAGAAAUGAUGAUUCAAGCUAGUGAUACCGGCCGAGAUUUAGAACAUUGUAAUGCUCUGAUGCGUAAAUUAGACGAUGUAGAUUCUGACAUGCGUGUCGAUGACCAACGUAUCAAAAACAUUAACAAUUUAGCAGAUAAACUGAUCCAUCAACGCCAGGCUACCGCUGAAAUGAAGGGGGUUGAUGAAAGAAGAAAAGUAUUCAGUAAUAAGUGGAAGAAUUUGCAAGGUGCAUUGAAUGCUUACAGGGCACUUUUGAGUGGUGCCUACGAGAUACACGUGUUCAACCGUGAUGUUGAUGACACAUCUGAUCGUAUUGCUGAAAAAGCCUUGGCUAUGAGCUCAGACGACACAGGUCGCGACUUGACUGCAGUUGAAGCUCUUAUCAGAAAAGAAGACACUUUGGAGCGUGAUAUGAUUGCUGUGAAGCAGAAGAUAGGAGAACAUGAGCAGCACGCAAUGCAAUUGAAGAAGAAAUAUCCCGACCGCUUGCAAGAUAUUGACAAAAAGAUGGAUGAGCUGAAGAAGAGCUGGAACAAUCUGCAAGACCUUAGUGUGAAACGUCGUGAUGUCCUCGAUAAUGCUUAUAAAAUUCACAAAUUUGCGGCCGAUGUUAAGGAGCUUGAACUGUGGGUUAACGACAUUUUAAAGAAAAUGAAGUCGUCACCAACUCCAAAUACCACUUCAGAAUGUGAAUCCCAACUCGAACUUCAUCAAGAACGCAAAGCAGAAAUUGAUGGCAGAGACAAAGCAUUCAAUCAUUUGAAGGCUCAUGGAGAGAAUUUAGUAGCAGAAAACCAAUCUGAAGAAGUCAUCAAGUCUUUAACUCUGCUAACAGAUCUUCAUCGCAUUCUACAUGAAGCAUGGAAUGAUAGAGCCCGCCAUCUGCGGGAGGCUCAUCAACUACAAUUAUUCAAGACACAAGUUGAGCAAGUAGAAACUUGGCUUGCCAACAAAGAAGCAUUCCUUAAUAAUGACGAUGUCGGUGACUCCUAUAACGCCGUCGAAAGGCUGAUUAAAAAGCACGAAGCCUUCGAAAAACUGCUUGAUUCCGACAACGUUGAACAACUAGAGAAAUUCGCCAGUUCGAUUUUAGAAAGUGAUCCCCAAGAAGCAGAUUCGAUUCGUGCAAAACUCCAGUACGUGCUCAGGAGAAAAGCAAAACUAAUUGAAACUUCCAAUGACCGCAAGCAAACAUUACUUCAGUCUCGACAACUACAGGAGUUCCUCCGCAAUCUUUACGAAAUUGAAAGGUGGAUCCAUCAGAAAAUACAAAUUGCUCUGGAUGAAAACUAUCGUGAGCCAAGCAAUCUUCAAAAUAAAAUCCAAAAGCAUAAGGCCUUUGAUACUGAAUUGAUAGGGAACGCAGAACGUGUUAACAGUGUUAUUUUAGAAGGAGACAAUCUUAUAAAAGAAGGUCAUUUUGCAAAGGAAGAAAUCCUGCAAAAUAUAGAGUUACUUGAAAACAGCUGGGCAAAACUUCAAGAAGCGUCGAAGGAGAAGAAAGAAAAGUUGGAGCAAGCCCAUGAAGCUUUGGUGUUUAACAGAAUGAUUGACGAAUUCAAUCACUGGAUGGAUGAAGUGGAAGGCCAUCUUUCAACCGAAGACUAUGGCAAGGACUUAACCGCUGUUAACAAUUUGGUGAAGAAACAUGAACGACUUGAAAUCGACGUUACUAAUCACAGCGAUGUUUGCGAUCAAAUCAAGCAGAAAGAUGAAGAAUUUUUCCAGGCUGAUCACUUCCUCAAGGAUGAAAUUCAUGAACGAGCAAUGAACUCUGUGAAACGAUACCAUUCUCUCCAUGAACCGCUGACUAUUCGCCGGGAGAAUCUUGAAGACUCUUUACUACUUCAACAAUUCCUUCGUGAUGCAGAGGAUGAGCUUCAGUGGCUCUCCGAAAAGGAGAUGAUAGCACGUUCAAAAGACCUGGGAUCUAGUCUCAUAGCAGUUCAGUCAUUACAGAAGAAACAUCAAGCUCUCGAGGCUGAGAUUCUAUCUCAGGAGCCGUUGAUUUUAGCACUGCUCCAACGCGGUCAGCAUAUGAUUCAGGAACAACACUUUGCCACAGAACAAGUGAAAACUUACUGUGAUACGAUGCAAAGCAAGCUUGUCGCCCUUAGGGAUUUGGCUAGUAUUCGAAGACUACGUCUUUUAGAUGCAGUUGAAAGUCAGAUGUUCUAUGCAGAAGCCAAUGAGGCGGAAAGUUGGAUGACAGAGAAGAGGCCGUUCUUAGCGUCUCAAGAUUUUGGAAAAGAUGAAGCUUCUGUACAAUCUUUGCAGAGGAAGUUGGAGGUGUUGUUCCGGGAGCUGGUUUCGUUCAGGGCGUCUGUUGAGAAAGUUGAUAAAUUGGCAAAAGGUUUGAUCGAUAGAAAUCACUUUGAUAGUGCAAACAUAAGCGAAAAAAAUAAACUUGUUGCUCAAAAAUACGAGGAGUUGCAGAAGUUGUGUAAAGAGCGAGAAGCUCGGUUAGCUGAAAGCCGAAAACUAUUCGACUAUCUCCGCGAAACCGAGGAACUCCAUGAAUGGAUUGGAGAACAGAUUGCCGUUACUGCAUCUGAAGAUUAUGGAGAAGACGUUGAGCACGUUGAGCAGCUAAUUCUCGCUUUUGAUUCAUUUGUUUCGAAUUUGGCAGCAAAUGAAAAGCGAGUUCAAGCUUGUUUGGCCAAAGGUGAGAAACUCAUCAGUGAAAACAACCCGUACAGAUCGACUAUCAAAGCUAAACGUGAUGAGACUACUCGCAACUGGAUUGAACUGAAAGAGCUUGUGAAUGCAAGACAGGAAGCCCUUAUUGGUGCGAAACAAGUUCAUGUGUAUGACAGAACUGCUGAUGAAACUAUAUCCCUGAUUAACGAGAAAGAGGCGUUACUUAUGUCUGAAGAUUAUGGACAGGAUCUCGAAACCAUACAGUCAUUGAUUAGGAAACAUGAAGUCUUUGACGCUGAAUUGGCUGCUGUGAAACAUCAAGUUGAAUCUGUGUUAGAAGAAGCCGGCAAGCUGUCUGACAUAUAUCCUGACGCUAAGGAACAUAUCGAAGUGAAACGCGAUGAAACCAUUGACGCCUGGUCGGACUUGAAUGAUAAGGCAGCUACGAGGAAAGAAAAACUUCAACAAGCUGAACAGCUUCAAUCUUACUUUGAUGAAUAUCGGGAUCUUAUCGCCUGGAUCAACGAAAUGCUUGCCAAGAUUACAGCCCCAGAUCUUGCAACGACUGUUGCCGGAGCCGAAGCUUUGCUUGCCAGCGUCAAAGAACAUAAAGCCGAAAUCAGUUCUCGGGAUGAAGCCUUUGAUAGGUUCACUGCGAAUGGUCAGAAAAUGAUACGAGAGAAACACUUCAUGGCGCAUGAGAUUGAAGAUAAAAUUCAAAUCCUCAACCAGAGGCGAGAACUGCUAUCAAAGACACUGGAGAAACGCAAAGAAAUCUACGAAUUGAAUUUAGAUACCAGAUUGUUCCUCAAGGACGCUGAAAUUCUAGAUAAUUGGAUUACUAGUCGAGAGCCUCAACUUAAAGAUCCCAAACUGGGAGACUCCAUAGCUCAAGUGGAGGAUCUUAUCCGUCGCCAUCAAGAUUUCGAAAAGACGGUAGCUGCGCAAGACGAUAAAUUCCAGGCGAUCAAACGAAUCACACUUCUGGAACAAAUGUUCAGGAAGCAACUAGAAGAAGAAAAACUUGCUAAGAAACUGGAAAAAGAGCGGUUGGAGAAAGAACGUGUGGAGGCAAUCAAGCAAAAGGAGAUGCAACGAUUGACGGAAGAAAGACGACGUGCUGAGAAUGUCUUCAAGCAAUCCGAAAAGGCGGCAGAAAAUACCCCAGAGAAGACACCAAUCUAUUCCUCGCCUAUGGUGCAGCCCCAAAUCUUGUCUCAACCCGCUACACCCAUAUACACACCAUUCGAUGACAAUCUUCUUCUACAAAAAUCGCCUUCGGGACCGAUAUUCGGCGAUCGUCUUCGACGUGGAUCUGAUAAUACAGUUAAACGAGCGGAGAGUAUGAAGAUCACUCCAAAGCAACCGAAACGAACGCCAUCUUUCACAACUCGCCGGCGAGCUCAGAGUUUCCGCAAAAAUCAAGAAAACACCUUGCCUGUUGUGGAAAUCCAAGGCAUACUAGAAAGGAAGCAUGAGUUGCAAUCUGGUGGCAAAAAAGCACCGAUGCGAUCUUGGAAAACUUUCCACACCGUGCUUUGCGGGCAGUUGUUGUGUUUCUUCAAGGAUGAACAUGAUUUUGUAAAUCAGCGCACCCAAAAUCCACCGGUAAAUAUUUUGGAUGCGAAGUGUGAGAGAGCUGAAGAUUACACAAAAAAGAAACACGUCUUCAGGCUUACGUUACCCGAUUCGUCGAUGUACCUGUUCGAGGCGCCCUCGUGGGAAAAAAUGAAUGAUUGGAUAAACAAAAUUUCAUUCCAUGCAGGCCUGCCACCAAAUCUACAAUUGCUAAGUUACGACGAAUCAGUGAAGCAAUCCAAUAGUUCUCCUGAAGUAAAAAGCCAAGCUAGCCUCGAUCAAGUUGAGACUUCACCAGUUAGUUCACGCACAUCGUCGCCAGAUUCACAGAGACGUAGUUCCCGUCAUGAUUCCGUUGGCAGUAGCAUGUCAGGCGGAAGCUCGAAUACACCACAAAUGAAUUUCUUGCAGAGACGAAGAGAAUUGACUGAACAGCAACAUCAGCAACAGUAUCAACAGUCAAAUCAGAGUCAACAGCAACCCUCCUCCCCAAAUAGUAAUUAUGGCUUCGCGGAGAAACCUCCAAUACCCCCGCGAGGAAUGCCACCACCAGUACCACAAAGGCAGACCGUUGAAUCUACUGUAGUGUUACGCAGUCGAAGACAUAGUGGAGAUGAUUCCCCCGAUGCAAAUAGCAACUACAGUAAUGUUCAAACUAGGCCCUAUUCGCUACACGCAAAUACUUUACCUGCCGGUGUACAAAACGGAUCCAGUGAAGACCAUUGGAAACGACAUAGCGAAGUUCGUACUUCAGAACAUCCACCACCUCUGCCAACAACAAUGCCACCGAUGGGAAAUCAACAGCGAAUUACUAUGAACACGUUCGGUCAACCAAACGCUGCCCUUCAAAACGACUAUCAAGGAAACAGUACAGUUACCUAUCAAGUGACCACCACCACUACAGGAGGUGGCCCGGCGGUACGGAAGUCCUUGCAAAUCCCAGCUUCGCCCAAUAAUCGUACAACAAUUUGGCACCAGCACUACUCGGCCGAAUAUAAUAUCGCUAAUAAUCCUGGAUAUGGAACCAACAACAACGAUCCUGCAGCUGGUUGGGGCAUCGCCCGUCACGAAGCCGGCCGACCGUUGUCAAUGCCCCCCAAUGAUUCGUCUGUGGUCGGCAGAAUGUCGGCAGAAAGUUCAAGCGAAAGUGAGGCACAAUCCAUAUCGUCAAUAUCGGAUGUCAAAGGCUCGACCAGUAAGGAUAAGGAUCGACGAAGCGGCAUGUUUCGGUUGUUUGGAAAGAAAAAGAGGUCUGGCCAACAUCCUCAAUAGUGAGAUGGUAACGUGGGUAUGAAACUAGUAUAUUCUUCGUGGUCCAGAACAUGUCAGCAUUCUUUUCCGGAACAUCACACCGACCUCCCUCCAAAUUGAUAAUUAGCAACGACAACACCAGAGUCAACAACUCUUGCAUUUGUUUAUUUCAUAAUUUAAAAAUAAAAAAACACAUCCUGAAUGCCUAGAAACCAAUGAAUAAUAUACGAAGUCAUGCCAGCAGCUUUUUCUAUUUUGUUAUAUGUGAACUUUACUUUGUUUUUAUUGUAUUUUUACCCUUAUUAUUUUAUUUAAUAAUUAUUUCGUAUUAUAAUUUCUUUGUACUUCUCUUUCGACAUUUAUUGCUUAAAUAUUAUAUUGUAGGUAAGUUUCCAUAACACAUGAUAUGAAAAUCAAAUGAAAUAAAGUGAUUUGUUAUAAUCUUAUCUUGAAGGACAAAAGUCAAUUGAAAAAUAGUUCUUUCUCUUCUCAUAUUGUUAUUUUUGCACGGAAUGCAUCCGUGAAGCUUCAUCGAUGAGAACUGAAAUAUGAAAGACGUACUUUUUAAUUUCUACACUUUUCAAUUAGUUUUCUGUGUAUAUUAUUUAAUAACAAUUGUAUUUCGAGCGGUUAUACAGAAAUAAAUCUUAAAUCUAUCC